AUGAAUUGCACGAUUCCUGAAAGUUUCGGCCAACUCUCUGAGCUCGUUCAUGCCGACCUGAUGGAGAAUUCCUGGACAGGAAUCUUAAGCGAAGCACAUAUGAUGAAGCUUGGAAGAUUAGAAUAUGUCACAAUCACAACAGAACCAACCAGGUACUUGGUUUUCAAUGUUUCCUACAAGUGGGUUCCUCCUUUCAGGCUCAAAUUUAUUCACUUUGACAACUGCCUGGUGGGUCCUUUCUUUCCUUUAUGGCUUCAAGUUCAAAGUGAACUUGCCUCUGUUAGCCUUAGAAAUGCUGGAAUCUCGGACACUAUUCCAGGGGACUGGUUUUCAAAACUAUCUUCUCAAAUCACCUAUUUGAUUUUAUCAAAUAACCAGAUCCAGGGAAAGCUGCCACACCAUUUGGAAUUUCCAAAUUUAAGGGCCCUUGAUUUGGGUUCUAAUCAUUUUGAGGGCCCUUUCCCGGUUUGGUCCACAAAUGCAUCUGAGAUCUCUCUUCAGGACAACUUAUUUUCAGGAUCCUUGCCUGAAAAUAUUGGCAGCCUAGUGCCAAGGCUGCAAAGACUGUAUCUUUCCUGGAAUCGUCUUGACGGAAAAGUCCCCUCAUCAAUGUGUGAACUAGAAGGUCUGCAAGUUCUCUCCCUUCGGAGCAAUAAGUUGUAUGGUGAACUUCCCAACUGUUGGCACAAAUCUCGAAUGUUAUGGGGGAUUGAUAUGUCAAACAACACAUUAACUGGCAGCAUUCCAAGUUCAUUUGGCUCCUUAGCUUCCCUUAGUGUGCUGAUGUUGAACAAUAAUAAUCUUGAUGGGGAAAUCCCUUCUUCCUUGCAAAAUUGCACAGGAAAUUUGGUCAUUACUGUCGAGCAUCUUUCAAGGAUCUGGGCGUUUAGAAAGAAGCUUCUCAACAACGGAAACAUGUCUUCAAUAGCCGCCAUAUGA